AUGAACACCAGGUACCCCCUGGCGGGUGCCAGGCUGAUCCGGGCAGUACCAGGCAAACAGGUGCCGGGUACCGAUUGUCAUCUUUAUUCUGGUUGCACCAAGGCCUCAUUCUCCUCGGAACCACUCCCAGACUCCGAGUCCUCUGCCAAGGCAUCAUCGUCUUUCUCUCCCGCCGCAUUGGACCCGUCCUCUGAAGGGCCCCACUGCUUCAUCAUCUUCACCACCUCCUCCUCAUUGUCCUUUGUACCUGAGACAGCGGGAGUGGAAGGAUCCUUUCCUCAUCCUUCCACAAACCACGGCCACUCACCCCACCUCGUGCCCGCUGAUCUCAGUGAUACUGUGAAAUGA